CAAACAAAACCAAUACAAAAAACAGCAGUGGCUGAAACUAAACGUUAACUAAAACUGGAGAUGUUUGGGAGAUUUUGCCCAGUAGCGACUGUGAAGAAAAUCCAGUCUGAUCCAGAAAGGCACCUCUUGGGACCCUAUGUUAAAAACUGAAAGGACUAAAACGUGUAAUACUUAGAUACCUACAUGUGAAAACACACUACAUUCCUUCGCUGCUUUUCUCUCAAACAGGAGUUAGGAUUUCCCACUGAUGCUUGCUCUUACAGUGAGAACAACCGUAUUUUCUGAUUUCUGCUUUCUUAAUAAAUGGAGAGAAAGCAAUAGUUAAGUAACCUAGCUUAACUCCUUCCUAAACAAUUCCCACUGUCCUGUGGUUAGAAACUUCACAAGGAGAAACAAAACUUUCUUUCACAAGAAGAAAGAAAAAAACCUGUUUAAACUUGCAGAAUAGCAAGUGUCUCCCUUGGAAUUUUUUUUUUUUUCUGAAAGGAUCACAACAUCGUCGCGUUUGCACCUGUAUCGCUUCAUCCCCUAGGAGCUUUUUAUUAAGCGAUCUGAAAACAGAAUUUUUCGAGGGCUAGGAAGGGCGGGGAGUUCCUCACGUUUGCAGCUGCACAGGAAAGCUUGCUAAGAAAACUCGCUGAAGGCAACUGAGAGCUUUGCAGGGAGCAAAGCUACCAUGACCAGCACGCAGCACGCACGCACCGCGUGCAUCUGCCCGCUUCUGUUCGCAGGCGGCCCAAGCUGUAGCCAGAGGCUUGCACGCCCGUAGCAGCGCCCCAGCAGGAGGGCAGGAAGCAGGACAGCGGCUGUACCAAGCGCUACGCCUCCUCGUUUUGCAGCUUGGCCUCACGUUCAGGGUAUAGCCGACAUGAAUGACUGGCAAAAGAAAAGCCCUCUAGACUGGGAGACCUAUGUGAACAAAAGGGUGAAAGUUGCAGCAGACGAGAAAAAUGAAUACGAAGGAUGGGUCUUAACAGUUGAUCCAGUUUCUGCCAGUGUCGUCCUUGCGAACUUCCCGGAGAACGAACCAGCGUCCAUUUUAGUUGUGUUAGGCCAUGCUGUCCAGGAGGUCGACAUAAUGCAAGAUGCGGAUGAUGAAACGAAGGCACGGCUUUCCUGCAUAUUUGAGCCUGAGGAAAGUAAAGCUUACAGCCCAGAGGAGCUCGACAAGAGGAAGAAUGACUUGAAGAACUGGCUGGAAACAAACCACAUCCCCGUAACAGAGCAAGGCGAGUCGGGAAGAACGCUGUGCGUGGCAGGGGUGCUAACCAUCGACCCGCCAUACGGCCCCGAAGAGUGCAGCAGCUCCAACGAGAUCAUUCUGUCUCGGGUUCAAGGCUUGGUACAGAGCUACCUAGAAAAGCAGCAGUGAUGUCUGCCUAAAGCAGCUGGGCCUGCCCGCCCCACCUCGGGAACCGCUGUGGGUGUCCGUAUCCGCUCUACCCUGAAGUGCUGGGUAUGGGUGCUUUUGUCUGAUUUUCUGUACAUUGGGACAUUAGUACAUUGACAUUCUGUACAAAGGACUACAACGAGUGCUGUAAACAAAAAGCACAACGUGUGCACUAUGAUUUUUAGUUAAAAAUGAAAGAAAACAAAUGAAUAACACGUUAAACUGCUG